UUAAAAUAUUAAUUAAUUGCUUUCCCUUCUUCGCCUCGAGGCGAAGUUUCCCUUCUGUUGUUAACUUUGUGAACAUUCGGAGAAGUUCAAUCGACCGACCGACCCUCCCUCGAUCUGUAUUUCGCUGAAGCCCAAGUAGAAAAUUGGUAAAUUCUGUUAUCGGGAAGAAGAAAUGGACAGCGUACGACAAGAGAAAAUACGGAAGUUUGAAGAAUUUGUUGAUCGCCGCCUUAAACCGGAUCUUGUUCGUGCUAUUGGUGAACGGGAUAAGGUUUUUGACCAGCAAAAAAUUUUCUCGGAUUUGCGGAAGAACAUAGAAAAUUUAGAGAGAAACAGUGUAACUAAUCUUCGGACAGUGGUUAAUCUUGGGUCUGAAGUGUACAUGCAAGCAGAAGUGCCUGAUACACAACAUAUAUUUGUGGAUGUCGGACUUGGGUUCCAUGUGGAGUUCACCUGGUCAGAAGCAUUGAAGUUCAUCUCAUUGAGGGAGGAAAAGCUGGAGAGGCAACUGGAGGAGUAUACCCACUUAAUUGCAUCAAUUAAAGCACAAAUUAAGCUGGUUUGUGAAGGAAUCCGAGAGUUGCUUCAGAUCCCGGGAGAGAAAACCGCAAUAGGGCGCGUUUUUUAGCAUCUGCAACUAGAAUAUGUAUGAAUUUUGUUAACUUGUCUUAACGAGUAACAUUGUUUCUUGAGAGAAAUGAAAUAGAGCAUAAAGAAGUGAAACUUUUUCGCUUAAUCCCAUUUUCCACUGAUGCUACCUUUGCAUUCAAUUUGCACAAAGAUUUCGCAUUGAUCUGUUUGAAU